AAACAAGAAUGAGUGGAAAAAACACACGCGCUGAGAUCACAGUACAGAGUGACAGUACAGAGGGGUGUGUGUGCGUUCAAGGCGCGCAAGACUAACACAGACUUAUAUUUAUGGAUGUUUGUCCUUUCCCAUUUUGAGAUCGCAUUGGAAGUAUUCUUUUUAGACUUCUGCGGUUUAAUAAGCAUUUUGAAAGGAUUUUCCAUUUUUUAUUGCCUCAUAUUUAUUGCAUACUUGCUCUCGGGGAUGUGACUGUACGGAUCUGAAGCUUUUCAAGGAUAAUACACACGCGUGACAGUAGCAUGUGUGGAUAAAUAUCAGCCGUGUGUUUUGAUUUCAAGAAGAAUUGCAACAUUGGAUGUUUUAAAGACAUUUUCUUCUGAAAAGAACUGGACUUGAACACAGUUGUCAUGGCCAAUAUGAAGUCUCGCAGUGAAGAUGAGGAUGAUGAACGUCAUUCCACGGACCCUGACAGCAGAGACUCCAAAAAUUCUAAAAAGACCCUGUGCAAAAUUAAAUGGUCCCGGGAUGAGGAUGAGAAGCUGAAGAAGCUUGUUGAGCAACAUGGAACUGAUGCUUGGAAAUUAAUCGCCAAUUAUUUCCCAACAAGGACAGAUGGUCAAUGUCAGCACCGUUGGCAAAAGGUGCUCAACCCAGAGCUGGUGAAAGGACCCUGGACAAAAGAGGAGGAUCAGAGGGUAAUUGAGCUUGUUCACAAGUAUGGGCCCAAACGGUGGUCAGUGAUUGCCAAGCACUUACAGGGCCGCAUAGGCAAACAGUGCCGAGAGCGCUGGCACAAUCACCUCAACCCUGAAGUGAAGAAAUCCUCGUGGACCCAGGAAGAGGAUCGCAUUAUCUAUGAAGCUCAUAAACGUCUGGGCAACCGCUGGGCUGAGAUCUCAAAGCUGCUUCCUGGACGGACAGACAACUCCAUCAAGAAUCAUUGGAACUCCACCAUGCGCAGGAAGGUGGAACAUGAGGGAUACUUGCAGGAGGGCAGCAAGAGCUACAGCGGUGAUGCUGGCCAGAAGAAACGACCCAAAUCCAGUCCAUCUGUGGAUUAUCCACAUGACCAGAAUCAAAUGAUCAUGAGUGGCCAAUCACAGCCACCCAGAUAUCCCUACAGUUCACAAAGUGGCCAGUGUAUGGAAAACAUAAGUGUCGAGAUCUCUAGCUUUAUGUCGCCGUGCCAUGACGACCCAGACAAAGAGAAAAGAAUUAAGGAGCUAGAGCUGUUGCUAAUGUCAGCUGAGUGUGAAGUCAGAAGACAGUCGGGCCCUCGUAAUCCUGAGAGCUACUCCAGCUGGUCGGAUAGCCUGCCUGAUGAGACUGUCACCACCACAGAAAGUGUGGAGGACAGAGGGGUUGAGCUGUGUCGUUUAGAGGAGGGCCGGCCUGCUAGGAUGCCUCUUCCUGUCUCUCCUAGCAAGUUCCUGGCUGCUGAAGCCAGUGCUGUGCUGUCCACACUAGAGACCAUUCCAGAGUUUGCAGAGACCAUGGAGCUUAUUGACUCAGAUCCUUUGGCUUGGAGUGAUGUGACCAGCUUUGAUCUCUCUGAGGGAGGCCCCUCUCCAAAGGCCGCUAACCCCACAGAUGUUUGUACGACCCUGGAGAGAUGCACAGAAAGCCUGGCCUAUCCAAUAAAUGCUCCCACCGUCCCAGCGAUGAGCAGGCAGUGUGCCGCGGUGAACCAGGGCAAGUCUGUGGCUCUCUCUAACACCUGCAUGAACAGAUUCAGCACUCCACCACCCUCCAUCAUGAGAAAGAAGAGGAGAGAGAGAGGAGAUCAGUCACCUGGAGAUGAAAGGAGCUGUGCGUACAUAGACAACAGUGGGAACUCACCCAAAAACACCCCUGUCAAAGGCCUUCCAUUUUCACCCUCUCAGUUCUUCAACGUGUCUGGCGGUGAGCCCUUGAGCCUCGACAAUCCUGCUCUUACAUCCACUCCAGUGUGUGGACAGAAAUGCCUCCUCAACACACCCCAUCAGAGAGAGACCACACCAAAACACCAGAAGGAGAACGCAGGUUUUAGGACCCCAAAACUCCAUAAGAACAUUAUAGUACACACUCCAAGAACACCCACUCCAUUCAAAAAUGCCCUAGCUGCCCAGGAGAAGAUGCACGGCCCGUUAAGAAUGGUGCCCCAACCACUGGCACUUCUUGAGGAGGACAUCAGAGAGGUUCUGAAAGAGGAAACUGGGGCUGACAUCUUCACACAAGUGCAGAACCAACCUCAGUACAGAUCUUAUGAGCAGAUGGAAGCUCCUGCAAGGAAAGUGAGAAAGUCUUUGGUAUUGGACAGCUGGGAUAAAGACUGUUUAAAUGUACAGCUGUUUCCCCAACAGCAGAUUAACAACAAUGGAGCGUCUCACAGUGACGACCUGCUGACAAGAUCCAUGCUCAUGAUGCCGUUGACAGAGAGAGAGGAGAACUCCUGCUCUCCUGGAUCAAUGAAGGAAUCAUUUUCAAUAAUUCGCUCCCUCAGCCCACAGGACAAGAGAGAAAACAUGACUCAAAGGAGCCCACCCUAUCAAACACCCACUCUGGCCAACAGCGAGUGGGAGGCGGUGGUUUUUGGGAAAACAGAGGAUCAGCUGAUCAUGACUGAGCAGGCCAGGCGUUACUUAAACACCAACUCCACCACCUGCAUUUCCAGAGCUCUCGUCCUUUAAACAUCACUACUGCACUACAGCAACCCUCCUCUUUUCCUCUAUCACACCGACAUUUAACCUCAGACAAUCCGGUGUAGAAAAACAAAAACACUCUCUAUGAUGUUUGCUAAACACCUACUGAUAUAACUGAUAUAAGUUCCGCUUAAAAUAGUCACAUGUAGCCAAAAUACAAAUAGCUCUAGAUUUGCAGAAUUUAGCUAAUGGUAUUUUAACAGCUAUUUUAACCAUUUUUAGCCGUAGACAGUGUGCUGAUUUUAAGGGCUGCUUUCGAUGAACUUUUUUAAGAAGGAAGAAAUCAUAUAAAUGGCAUUUGAAGAUCGUUUUAAGCUCUUUUUAGAGACUGGUGUUAAGGAUAGGGGAGCACUGGCAGUGUUGCACUACUGUGGUUGUUUGUUAGGGUGAGGAGCAGAGACAGUGUUGAGGAGUAACUGGAUAGCACUUGCGACGUAAUCGUUUCCGCUCCAAACGUAACAAAGGUUCCACCCCGAUUAUUUUAUUAUUUUAUUUUUUUAAAGAGUAGGACACUCACUGAAUGUAUUGUAUAGCAUGAAUCUGCUAAGUUAACGUCUACUGGAAGGUACCUCGAUCCGUUUAUUUUCGUUUUCCUUUUUAUUGCUCUAAAGUGAAGUUGAAAUGAAUUCUACUUGGGGAGGCGUAAAAUCGCUGACUUGCAUGUUUGCAACUGAAGUCUAAAACCAGCUGCUUAUGUUCUCAGUUUAGCCAAAAUCAUGUUUGGUACUGAUAUGCGCACGUUGCAUUAUAAAUAACACGUUCCAAGAACAGAUACGUAGGUGAGAUUUGUUCGUUUAGAGCUGUAGGUUCUAUUUAUUAAAUCUUUACUAAUUUAUUUAUUUCAAAGAUAUAAAGAAAAUCUAAUUAUAUUUCGUUUCUGUUAAAGAUUUGACUACCUUCCAUUACAUAUUUCUGAUUCAAUAACACUGCCACUAAUUUCUUGGCCUGUACAGUAAACAGUAAGUUUAACAUCCUCUGAAGGUUCCGUCCACUUUACUCUAAUUGGUUGAUCAUAAAAGUAGCAGCAAGCAGCAUUCAGCCUCCAAAAUGUGGGGAUAUUGCACUUUUUUAAAAAGAAAUAUUGUAUAAAUGUUGGUUUGUCAUUAAUAUUGUUUUAUGCCCUCUGUAGUGUUUACAUUUUGUUGUAUGUGGGUUUUUUUAUUGGUGGCUGAAUGUAUUUAAACAUAUCAUUAACACUGACGUGUCAGGAUGACAUCCGAAGGGGAAAAUGGUGUAAACGUAGUUUCUCUCUCCCGCUCUGGAAAAAAAUGUAAGGAUUUGCUCGCUGCUACUGAGAGUUACAGCAGGAAUUGACAUAAGCACAAUCGGCUGAAGGAAGUGUAGGACAAUUGCUUUGCUCUCACAUGAAGUGAAUUGUCGAAUGUCUUUCUUUAUUAUUUUACACCGAGAAGAACCCAUGUAAAAAGUUUCAGGUUAUUCACAAUGACAAGUUAGUCUGAGAAAAAGAAAAACCCUGAUUUUAAAGGAUUCGGCAGUAUUAGCGUUGCGUAACACAGUUGUCUUAUUCAAAUUGAGGGGUUUUUUUUAAUGUAAAAAGUUCUUUUUGCUAAUUGUAACCCAAUUGAAAUGCAAAAACUGACCUGAUCUGUGUUUAAAAAAAACACUACGUGUCCCUCACCGUAUGUAUGUUACAGAGAGAUUAAUUUAUUUUGGCUCACGUAACAUUGUAGAUAACUGUUUAAUAUGUCUUCGUUUGUCUUCAUUUUACUGUCCAAAUGUUUGUCUUGUUUGUUAUUUCAUUUUCUGUAGACUUAAGGGAAGCAAGGAUAUGUAGCAAACUGACAUGCAUGAAACCAAGCAGCACACUUCAACUGACAUACUCAUUUCUCAUAUGUUACGUAUUUUUCUGCAGAACAAUUAUAACCUGCUUCUUUGAUAUUACAACCAACUCGCCAAUAGCCAUGUUGUCAUUCACAUACCUAAAAAUAAA